AUGGCAAGAACUACAGAUAGACCCAGAAAGGCGAGGGGGUCCCCGCUAACUGAAAUUGAUGUAAUUUUAAAAAAAUUCUUAGAUUACCCAGAAGAUAAGAAAUUGGAUUUCUUAAGUUAUUUUAAAAAUGUUUCAAGUGGUAUUGAGAGUAUAUUUGGUAAUUUAAAUUCAAUUCGAGGUGAAAUAAAAUUAGCAUUUUUGAAUUUCAUUGAAUAUCAUAGUAAUUAUAUUUCUUUAACACAUAGUGAAAGUGAAGUUGAAUCAUUUUAUUUAUCACUUUUAAAACCAAUCAGUGUAGUUAAUACAAAACUCCCAUACCAUAAACUGUUGUCUAAUACUCUUGGGCCUUUAAGUUCAAAUUAUCAUUACUUUUCAUUUGAAUUAAAACAUAAGAUUCUUAAAGGUUUAGUUUAUAAUAUUACAAAUUCAGAUUGUGAGGGAUUUUUCAUCAUAAAUUAUUUAUUUUUUACUAUCAAAUUGAUAUUAUCAUCAAAACAGCAACAACAACAACAACAACAACAACAACAACAACAACAACAACAACAACAACAACAACAACAACAACAACAACAACAACAACAACAACAACAACAACAACAACAACAACAACAACAACAACAACAACAACAACAACAACAACAACAACAACAUCAUAAAGAAUAUUUAUUAAAUGAAGAAAAUAAAAUUAAAGAAUUUAUAAACUCUUCAACUUUUAAAAAAAUAAUUGUUGAAGAGCUAAAGUCAAAAGAUAAAAUUAAAAAAUGUUUAAAAUUUGAUGUUUUAAAGUAUUUAUUUGAUUCUAUUCAACAAAAUUCAGAAUUAUUUAGUCUUUUGUUACAUUAUUUAAAAUGGGGUGAACGUUUACCGAUUAAUUUAAAAACUUACAAAAAAGAAAUUAUUGAAUCAAUUUGUAAAGAUGAAAAUGAACUGAUUUUCCCAACAAAUAAUUAUCCAUGGAAAAAAGAGAAAUUUUCAAGUAUAUUAUCUUUAUUGGUUGACAAUGGUGAAUUAAAUAUAAAUGUUUUUAAAUCACUUUUAAAUUAUUUAAAUGACCUAUAUAAAGGUAUAGACCCUAAAAUUUCAAUUUCUGAAAUAUUGAAUAAAGAAUCAAAAAUAGGAUCUGACUUUUCAAUUCAAUUGAUUACACUAUUAAAAAAAGAAUUCCCAACAUUAAUAAAAAGAGAAAAAAUUUCAGAAUUUGUUAAUCACUUAUCAAAUCAUAUACCAAAUGAUUUUAAAGUAAGUAGUGUAUUCAGAAUAUGUGAAGACCAGUUUAUUAAUCAAUUGGGUCAAGAUGAAUACGUUUUAUUAGAAAUGUAUAACACAUAUUUCAAUUACAUUAUUGAAGGAAAAGAAAGUAAUUCAUACGAUAUUAAAUUUCUAUUGGAAGAUUAUCUAUUUUAUGAUAUUGAUAAAUCAAAUGUUAAAAAGUCAUUUAUAAAAGAGAAAUUUAAUUAUUUAAUUCAAGUUUUAAAUAUCAACUCUAUCAAUCAUUAUUUAUUACCAAUAUUUAGAGAGAAAUGUGAAAAUUCUGAAAUUUAUAAAUUAAAAUCAAAUUAUUUCUCAAUUUUUGCUUUUUCAUCUUUGAAUAAUAAUAUCAAUUUAAAGUUACAAGAUACUUUAUUAAAAGAAAUUAUUUACUAUUAUGUUGAAUGUAAAUCAACUACAAUCUUUCAAAAACUUCAACUAUCAUUGGUUUGUAAAAAAUUCAACUCUUUUGUAAAAUCAUUUAUUAAUGAUUCAAGCCAAAUUCCAAUACAAGUUUUAUCAUCACCAUUUUCAUUAUCAUCAUCAUUAGAUAGAUCUAUAAUUGAAAAUCAAAAUGUUUCACCAUUUUUACUUUUCACUCCAAGUCUUAUUAAAAUUUUAAAACUAAACAUAUUUUUUGGAGAUUACUAUCUCAAUCAAUUAUUAGAUAAAUUUGAAUCGUUGGAGAAAUUACAUUUAGUAUUAGGUGAAUAUACUUAUCCUUAUACAUUUGAAUAUUUAAAUUAUAGACUUUCAAAACCUCAAAAUAAAUUAAAGAAAAUUACAAUAACCUUUAAUAAAUUCCCAGACAAUACAGACUAUAUUCGGUUUUUAAAGAAUAAAUAUAGUAAAGAGGUUGAAAUAUUAAUUGAAAUUGAAUCAAUAUGUUUCAAAAUUCAAGACUUUAUAAAAUUAGAACCAUCAAAUCUCUAUCGUUUUAAUAUUAGUGGUUCCAAUAAAUUUCUCUUUGAUCCUCACAAUUAUUUUCAAGAUACCACCACCUUUAAGGAUUAUAAUGUUGGUAAAUGCAAUAUUAAAAACUUAAAAUUAUUAAUUGAUAAUUAUAGAGGUGAUUUUUCAGAAAAAUUAAUGGCACCGUUUAAUAACACAAAGGCAGGUGAAUUACCAUUUCAUAUACUAGAUUCUUUAGAAUUUGAAAUUUGUAAUAUCCAAUACUGUACUUAUAGAAUUAUUUUUCAAUUAUUAACAUUGUUUGGAAAUAAAAUCUCAUCAAAUUUAAAGGAAAUUAUCAUUUCAAAAGAGAGACUUCAACCUGGAUCAAUUAAACAUCAAACUCAAGUAAUAUUGAAAUUAAUUUCAAAUGAUCCACAUUAUAAUAGUAUUAGUAAAGUAACAGUUAAAAACUUUUUCUCUUCUUCCCAAGAACAUUGGGAUUCAAUUAAUUCUCAUUCAUUUUCACAAUCUCCUUUUAAUUCAUUAAAUACUAUUGAAUUCAUUAGAGAACCACCAUUACCAAUUUCUUCAAAUUCAACCAAAAGAAAAUUCAAUGAAAUUGAACCAAUUAUAAAUAAUAUAUCAAAUCAAAAUUAUCAUGAUGAUGAUUAUGACGAAUUCAUUAUUAAUAACUAA